CAACAAAGAAAACCAAAUUACUCACUACAAACAUAUACCAUCAUCCUCUCCAAAAACCAAAAAAAUAAAUAAAAUGGUUACUACCAUUACACACGAUCCUAGACAAAAUCCCAACAACGUAAGAAAAGUUGACCAUGACAUAGUUGUUGUGGAAGAAAUUGAAGGUCUCAUUAAAGUUUACAACAAUGGCCACAUUGAAAGACCACCUAUUAUCCCAAAUGUCCCACCUAAUAAUUCCCUCCCUCACCUUACAUCAAAAGAUAUCAUUUUUCACAAUUUAUGGUCACGAAUUUACCUCCCUAAUCCUACCAAUAACAAGAAAUUACCUUUACUCGUUUAUUUUCACGGAGGCGGUUUUUCACUAGGCUCCGCUGCAUGGAAAUGUUACCAUGAUUUUUUAUCAACUCUUGCUUCGAAAAUUGAAAUUGUAAUUUUAUCUGUUAACUAUCGCUUAGCACCCGAAAAUCGUCUUCCUGCUGCUUACGACGAUGGGUUCCACGCUAUAACGUGGCUAAAAAAUCAAGCUAUAGUAAAUCCCAAGGAACAAAAUUGGUGGUCUAGUAAAUGCAAUUUUUCAAAUAUGUUCAUUGGUGGUGACAGUGCUGGUGCUAAUAUUGCUUAUCACGUAGCCAUUAGGCUCAAUAAAAAUAAUAUCAAGCCUUUAUAUCUAAAAGGGGUUAUUUUAAUCCAACCAUUUUUCGGAGGCGAAUCGCGGACUUAUUCAGAAAAAUAUUCAAUUCAACCUCCAUACUCUGCUUUGAAUUUAUCUGCUUCCGAUACUUAUUGGCGAAUCGCUUUGCCAGUAGGCUCGAAUCGUGAUCAUCCAUGGUGUAACCCGAGAUUGAGUGAUACUAAUAACAUAAAACUUCUAUCUGUGUUGAUCUGUAUAUCGGAGAUGGACAUACUCAGAGAUAGAAAUUUGGAAAUGUGUAACAUAUUGGCGAAAGCUGGAAUUAAAGUGGACAAACAUGUUUAUAAUGGUGUAGGACAUGCAUUUCAUAUUCUACAUAAUUCACCACUCUCUCAACCAAGAACUCAAGAUAUGAUGACACAUCUCAAGGCUUUUAUCUAUAAUAAUAAUCAAUAAGUUAAGUAAGUAUUGAUUGGAUAUGUUGAAUGAUAUUUAUUAUAUAUAGUGUGAAAAUUAAUGUUGUGGAAUAAUAUGUAUACUAGAGUGACAUAUUUAUAUUUUUAUCUAGGCUUCAACGUAA